GUUGAAGUGCUAUAAAUCCCUUCUCUUCUUCUCCUCUCAUUCCUCAUUUGAGGAAGGUUAAGAGAGUCCAACGCCAGCCACCCUAGAGUUCUUCAGUGAAAAGUUUAAGAUGGGGGAUAUUAUUAAUAAAUGUUACACAUCGAGAUCGCAAAUCAGAAAGUUGGCAUUGCGAUAUUUCUACUAGAGGAUUGUAUCCUAAGCUGUGCAUUUUCAAGGGAAAGAAAACAAAUUUCAGGAGCUCUGAUAGCAUCCUUUAUGUUUAGCAGUUAUUUUGUUGGAGUUCCAGCUAAACCUCAAUGAAUACCAGAUUUCAUUGAGGACACCCCAAAAGAGGAACACUGGUCGGUUGUCAACCCAUUAGAGAAGGCAAUGUUCAGCAAGUCUAGGGGCAAUGGAGAAUAACGGUAUCAUAUCUCACUCUGUUGAGACACAACUAUCUUCUGGUCCAACUACUAUCAAUAAAGAUGGAAACUUUGCAGAGGAAAAUGGCAGCAAUGGUUCAUUUAUCAACCAAGCUGCUAUAGAUUGGAACGAGAUAAGAAGAGAAUGGGUUGGUGAUCUAUCAAAGAAAUCUCAUAGACCACCAAGAGAACCAAUAAUGAGCUGGUGCAUAACUUAUGAUGAUCUACUUUCAAUCAAUCAACCUUUCCCACAACCAAUCCCUUUAUCUGAGAUGGUAGAUUUUUUAGUUGACAUUUGGCAUGAAGAAGGGCUUUAUGAUUAGAGGAGGACCCUCAUUGCAGCAGUAACAUGGGUUUAGUCAUGGAAAUCAAGUAGGGAUUACUCAUCAAAAGCAUUUAGACAAAAAAUUUUAUUGUGUAAAACUAGCAUAAUUUUGACUUCAGCAUUUAACCUAAACCCUAUUGACAUUGGAAGCUGUUGAAUGAGGAUAGCAAGUACCUGUGAGUUAAUGUCAUCUUUUAUGCCUUGGUAGUAUUUCGGGCAAAAGGGCCAUCUUAUCAGCAUGUCAUUCUGUUAGAAUUAGACCCUCAACUCGGUAAACAUCAAAAACAAACAUUUUGUGCUAUUGGUAUUGAGUGUUUUCUGUUAUUUUAACAGAUUUCCAAUUGUAUGGCCUACAUAGACUUCACCAAGGAUAAUUCUAAAACGAUAGAUUACUGGCAUUU